UUGUAGGGUAUUGUAGGCUAUAGGCUGAGUCACCAACAUGUCCAACUCACUUUCAAGCACCAAUGUGCAGCAAGGGGUGCAAAACCUAUUAGAUAUGAGGGACGAAGAUAUCUUGGAUGAUGUUUACAGAACCCAUUUUCAUUGCCUUGAGAAGUGCGAUGUAACAUCUCUUCACACCGUUGCCUCAACGGUUAUCAAGUGCUCCAUUGAGAUUACGGAUAAAGUGAUUAGUAAGAUGGGUGGCCAACACGGUGAACAACGGUUGAGGGAAGAGACGAGCAUAGCUUCCCAACAACUCACUGCGAAACUGAAGCGAAUUGCUUACCUGAUGUUAUGCACACCGCGGGGAGAACAGCACGCGCGUCGCACAACAAUGCUAAUCCUGGAGCAGCUGCGGCACUAUUCGUGGGACGCAAAGGCGCUGAUAGUGCAAGCGGCGUUUGCGGUGGAGUACGGGAAGUUCGUGUACCUUUGUCCGGCGGUGACGGCGACGGAGUGGAACGUGGUGGAGAGAUCGCUGGCGGAUCUGAACGGAGUGGUGGUGGUGCAGCAGAACACGCAGCAGCAUCUGAGCUACUUCAGCAGCGUGGUGAAGAAGGUGAUGCAGGUGAUCGAGUGCAUCACCGAGUGGAAGAGGCUCAUCAGUUCCAGGCAUGACAUUAAGGAUGUUCCUGCUCUUGCUGAGACUCUGCAUCAGAUCCCUGUUGUUGUCUACUGGGCCAUCUUCACCUUUGUCACUUGCACUGGUCAGAUUGAUGAGUUCACUGAGUAUAAGGUUCAGCGACAUGAAUUACCAAAAACCUUUGAGAACAAGCUUGACUCAAUUCUAAGAAAUUUUAAGGACAAUUUGGAAUUGUGUAGCAGGGAGAUAGGAAGAAUAGACGACUACACCAGGCGUAGGAGUAUCGUCCUUACUGGUAAAGAUAUUGUAAAGGUUUUGAAAGCACUCAUCAUCUCUAGUGAGAACAGGGAAUCAAGGCAGAAUAUUUAUAAUGGCUUCACCGGAGAACAGGUUAAAAUCGAAGAGUUCAAGAAGAAGCACGUCUUAUUAUUCAUUUCGGGCCUCGAAAACAUUGAUGAGGAGACUCAGCUUCUAAAAUCAAUAAGCGAGAAACUGAAGGAGAAACCAAGGGAAGUAGAAGGAUACAGGAAGGAGGAUUUCAAGAUUCUGUGGAUCCCCAUCGUGGAUGAAUGGAAUGAGAAACAUAGGAAGGAAUUGGAAACUAAUUUACAACGUACUAAGAUUGGAUGGUACGUGGUGAAAGAUUUCAGUUUCGAAACAGGCAUCAAGUUGAUCAAAGAGGUGUUCAACUACAGGGAGAAACCUAUUAUCCCAUUGAUAAGUCCCGAAGGUAAGGUGGAAAACAGUGACACAAGGCAAAUUAUGUCUAUGUGGGGCAUUGAUGGGUUUCCAUUUAGAACCUCUGAUCACACCCGACUUACUCAGCAAUGGAACUGGUUUUGGUCUGAAAUAACCAAACGCAACACAAGAAUAGGGAACUUGAUCGAAGAGGACUGUUAUCUCUUCAUCUACGGAGGCUCGGACCCAAUUUGGAUCCAAGAAUUCACAACGGCCAUAGAGACACUGAAGAGGCAGGUUGAGACAAUCAACUUGCCAGUAGACAUAACCAUAGAGUCAUACCAACUAGGAAAAGAAGAGCCCAAAAAUGUGCCACAUUUUUGGAUCGCCAUCGAUAGCUUGCUCACAAGUAGGAAACUACAAAUGAAGGGUGGUGAAGGGGUGAAAGCAGACUUUGCAACGAGUGAGAUAAGGAGGCUUCUCUCCCUCAAGCAAGACCCCAAGGGAUGGGUCAUUCUUAGCAAAGGGUACAAUGUGAAGCUCCUAGGUCACGGUGAGGCCAUGCUUGAGACGGUCAGGGACUUUGCCCUCAAGUGGCAUGGCAAGUUGCAUGAGGAUGUGAGCUUUGAUGUGGCUUUCAAAGAGUACUAUGAGUCAAUCAAGGAUAAACAUAGCUCCAAAAGAUGUGAAGAGAGUGUGAUUACUUAUGGCUACCCCACAGACAUUGUGGACCGUAAGUCGUGCCCCAAUAACGAUUGUCGUCGUGCAAUGGAGGUAACUUCGGUUAAUUACAGGUGUUGUCAUGGCCAUGAACAAUAGACAAUGUGGUUCUCUUCAUCGGAAUGUUUGGUGAAACCAUUCAUGCUUUCACGCUUGUGGGACUUCAUGUUUGGCUAAAAUUUGUGCCUGUGUUUGUUAUUUAAUUAAUUAGGUGUACCGGUGUAUCUCACAAUACAAGGUUGUGGUACGCAUAAGUACUAGCUAAUAAUGAUUUCCAUGUAGUAUGUUUGUGUGUUUCUCAUUGAAUUGGUUUGAAUAAAAUAGUUGUUGA